AUGGUCGUUCCCGUUGAAUGUGUCAUCGCAGGGUUGUAUUGGUACCUGGUCCUCACAGACGUGUUCCAUAUCUAUCCAGACGGGCACAAAUACUUGCCAUUCUAUGUCGACAUCCAGAUGCACGGUAUCCCAUUCCUGACGGGUCUGGCGGAGAUGUUUUUCUUCUCAGAGGCCCUUCGUAUCCACCGCGUCAAGGAUGCUUGCUGUUAUCUCCUCUUUGCCCUCUUUUAUACAUCUUGGUCCAGUUUCUGCGCCUACAUGGAUGGCGAAUGGCCAUAUCCAGUUCUGCAGAACCAGGCGAGUGACUGGGAGAGGUAUUCGAUGAUGGGCAAUGCGACCAUGGUCGGACUCGCCAUCUACUUUAUCAUCUCCGAAGUCCACAUUCGAACUACCGCCAAAACAUCCCAGUAA